CAAAGGAAGUCAACAAUUUCUGGCAUUGAUUAUUGAAAUUUUCGCCAAACUAGAUGGAGGUAAAUUUCUACAAAAAUGCCCCUACGAGAGGCUGUGGAAGUGGAUAAGAUUGGUGAAAUAAAUGCGAAAAUUGCUGAGCUGAAGAAACGUAUAUUACUAGCAGAAGGACAAAAGACAGCUAAUGCCGCCGAAUGGCAGAAACAAAAUCGCAUAAAUCUCGAAACCAUCACCACGCUCAAGAAGGAGAUUAAAGAGCUGACCAACAGAUGUGGACAGCUGCGCAAUCCACUACAGCGAGCGGUCAUUAUCAAAGAAGAGCCACCAAAUGCAGAGGUGCGCAAAGCAAAAAGUGCUUCAACCAUCACUGCAAUCGCUGUGGGUAAGAUGAGCUACCCGAUUGGGGCACGAAGUGUAGAGGACGCAAUCUUCCUGACCGAUUUAAAAAUCACCGAACAACGCAAGCAAUUGGAUUUACUGCGACAUCGCUUCAAGUGCCGUAAAGAGCGCUUAGGUAAAUUAGUGCAGCAGUUUCGUGAGUUGAACACAGCCAAAUCGGCUAAGGCACAGAAUAUGGGUGAGAAGCCGCCAGAGACUUUGGAAGAGGAUGCCAAUAGAAAGUUGGUGUGUCAACUAGAGAAUGAAAUACAUCGCACCAACGUGCAGUGGAUGGAAGCGGAGCACAUACGCAAGAAAUAUCGCUCCAUUGAAGCCUCGCUAAUGAAUGAUGCUGAGCGAUUCGAGCGUAGUCUGCGCGAGUUGGAGGCAGCGCUUAGUGAGCAGCAAGCAGAGAUCGAUAGGUUGCAGCAAGUGCAUAACGAGGCCAUCGAGAUGCGCGAUGCCGCCAAAGCGAUACUCCAGCGGCAAGAACAGCAAGCGCAUCUAUCACAGAAGACACGUGAGCGCCAAGCGCUUGAUUUCCGUAAGCAGGUAGAGGCGCGUAAAUUAGAGCUGGAACGUAUUGGCCGUAAACUGUUUGUGGAAAACAAAACACUUGUGCAUCAAGACAGCCUUGGCUCGAGUUCCGGUGAUCAGCUCACAGCGAAAACCGAAACUGAAAUGGAUGAGACAACGCAGCUUCAGAACUUGACAGCGGAAAUGGAGAAUAUUUUUAAACAUCUAAUGGAGGUAAGCGGUGCAACUACGCCCGCUGAAGUCUACGACCGUUUCUGUUCGCAAAAAGAAUCUGCCGGACGGUUGUCAUAUCUGCGAAACGCUGCUGAGAAAGAGAAGUCGCUAUUGGAGGCGCAGAAGGAGCAACUGACACUUUCAUUAGAGGCAAUGAAGUUCUCAGAUGUAAAGGAAAGUGAGGUCAACCAAGAGGUAAUCGAGAAAAUAAAAACAACGAUUGCCGAUCUGGAUAUGGAGCGUCAAAAGAACAUAGAAGACUCAGAGCAUACGCUAACUGUUUCGAAAUUCAUCAAGGAUCAUUUGAGCGAAAUGAUUUUUAAGCUACAGGAAGUAGACGAGAGUCAUAUUAAUCUAAAGGCGAAGGGUCUUUACAUACAUGUAGAAAAUUUGCCCAAUUUCUUGGCUAACGAGGCGCAAGAUGAUGACUUCAUAGAGAUUUUAAAAUUCAAACUACAGCGUUGCCAAGAGCUGAGCAAACCCCCCGAAGGAGCACCACCUGACAUACCGAAAUUGGAAAUUGAGAGCGAUGAACUUUAUCCACCAGCGGAGCCACCAAAGUCGCCCAUCGUCGCUGAGGGUGAGAAGCCGCAACCGAUGCCUUUAUGCUAUUACAAUCUACUAGCCGGACGCGCACAACGUGCUGCUGGCACCUCAUCCUCUUCUCCGGAGCAGGCACCGGCCGCAGCUGCUACGCCGGACGAGGAGAGUGAGGUGCCCACGCGUCAAUACCUGAAGCGGCAGUCUGUGCUCAUUGUGGAUUCCAAGUCGAGGCGUAAACCUUUUCGGCCAACGCCCGUUGGCAGAAGGAAAUAAAUGUGUGUGCUGGC